AUGGCCUCUAUCCCAAGGCAUCUUACCGGCGACAAGGCUGCCACAAAUGAAUUCAUUGACAAGUUCGACCCCGCCUUUCCCGAAUGCGAUGGCAAGACUCACUCGCUCAAAGGCGUCUUAUGGUCAGGCGACCACGUAUUCGACGGCGUUCCCGAGACCAUCAAGCUGCUUCGCUCGAGGGGCAAACGCACCGUCUUCGUGACCAACAACUCGACCAAGUCGCGGGCCGAUUACGUCAAGAAGCUGCACGGGGCCGGCAUCCCGUGCGACGUAGAUGACAUUUUCGGCUCCGCCUACUCCUCGGCCGUCUACAUCGCUCGCAUCCUCAAGCUGCCUCGUGGAAAGAACAAGGUCUUCGUCAUCGGCGAGGCUGGCAUCGAGCAGGAGCUCGCGUCCGAAGGCGUGCCCUACAUCGGUGGCACCGACCCAAACCUGCGCAGGGACAUCACGCCGGCCGACUUUCAGGGCAUCGCGGAUGGGUCCCUGAUGGACCCGGAGGUCGGCGCCGUCCUGUGCGGCCUCGACUUUCACAUCAACUAUCUCAAGCUCGCGCACGGGCUGCACUACCUGCGCCGCGGUGCCAUCUUUCUCGCGACAAACAUCGAUUCCACGCUGCCGAUGCAUCACAACAUCUUCCUCGGCGCUGGCUCCGUCAUGAUCCCGGUCGCGAACGCCUCAGGCCAGAAGCCGCUCGAGCUAGGGAAGCCAAGCCAGGCGAUGAUGGAUGCCAUCGAGGGCAGAUUCCAGCUGGACAGGUCGAAAACCUGCAUGGUCGGGGACAGGCUCAACACCGACAUCAAGUUUGGCGUUGACGGCAUGCUGGGGGGUACGCUUCAUGUCGAGACCGGAGUGGACAAGCGGGAGGAUUGGCAAAAGGAAGACGCCAUCGCCGUACCUUUGUACUAUGUCGACAAACUAAGCGACCUUUACGAUGCCGCAUGA